AUGGAAAAUUACAAGACCGAGAAGUCCUGCAACGAGGAAGGAGGAACAACCCUACCACCGAGGCAGCAAUUGCAUAGGUCCAGGUGUUUGGGCCAGACUGCAAUGGAAACCCGCUGGUACCAUCUUGGAACCUCGACGACACAUAUCGAGGCAUCGAAUCAACGACGAAUCAAGAAAUGUUCGAUGAAUCAGAAACGGACAAGGUAUCGUUUUAUGUGGGUAUUAGCUGAAGGGUAG